UGAAGAGCGGGGGUGAACCAGAAGCAGAUGCAGCAGGUUUCGGAAUACACGUUCGCCAUCUCACACUACGUCGGUCGAGUCAAGUACGACGUCCACAGCUUCGUCUUCAAGAACCAAGACCACAUCUCUGCUGAGCUCAUUCAGACGAUGCGCAAGUCAGCCAACGAGCACGUCCGGGCGAUGUUCUGCAACAAGCUGACCAAGACGGGGAACCUCACUCACGAGAGCGAAGAUAAUUUCAAGGGAAAGAAGAAUCUCGAAGCUCCUAAGAAAACGGCCAAGAAAGAUUCAAGGCGCUUCAACACCAAGUCGAAGGGCCGCAUGUCCCAGACUCGCCACGUGCAGACGAUGGGCAUGAAUUUCCGUUACUCCCUCAUCGAACUCCUCUACAAACUGACCAACUCCCAGCCCCACUUCGUCCGUUGCAUCCGCUCCAACAUGGACUACUCCGGCUCCCUCUUCGACCGGGACAUGAUCAAGCACCAGGUCAAGUACCACGCCGUCUGCGACACCAUCAGGAUCCGCCAGCAAGGGUUCUCGCACAGGAUCCCCUAUCAGGAGUUCCUCAGAAGGUAA